AUGGCUGACCCCAGCGGCGCUCCUCCCCAGCCUGGCCCAAACGACAUUUCAACCGCAAUCUUGCGCCCAAAGAAAUCUCCUAACCGUCUUAUCGUAGACGAAUCGACCACCGAUGACAACUCUGUCGCGACGCUCAACCCCAACACUAUGGAGACCUUGGGUCUCUUCCGCGGUGACACUAUUCUCGUCCGUGGCAAGAAGCGAAAGGACACGGUGCUCAUCUGCUUGAGCGACGACAACGUCGAGGAAGGCCGAAUCCAAGUGAACAAGGUCGCCCGUAACAACUUGCGCGUCAAGCUCGGUGAUCUCGUCAAUGUGCACGGCUGCCCCGAUAUCAAGUACGGCAAGCGGAUACACGUCCUGCCUUUCGACGAUUCCGUCGAGGGCCUCAGUGGAAACAUCUUUGAUGUCUACCUCAAGCCCUACUUCCUUGAAGCGUACCGCCCUGUCCGCAAAGGCGAUACUUUCCUCGUUCGUGGUGGUAUGCGAACAGUCGAAUUCAAGGUCAUCGAAACCGAUCCCGCCGAGUUCUGUAUCGUUGCCCAAGACACCGUCAUCCACACCGAGGGCGACCCAGUCAAGCGCGAGGAUGAGGAAUCCAAUCUCGCCGAGGUUGGCUAUGACGACAUCGGUGGUUGCAGGAAACAGAUGGCACAGAUUCGUGAGCUCGUCGAACUUCCCCUGCGCCAUCCCCAACUCUUCAAAUCCAUCGGUAUCAAGCCUCCCCGUGGUAUUCUCAUGUUCGGUCCUCCCGGUACGGGUAAGACGCUCAUGGCCCGUGCUGUCGCAAACGAGACUGGUGCAUUCUUCUUCCUCAUCAACGGUCCCGAGAUCAUGUCUAAGAUGGCUGGUGAAUCCGAGUCCAACUUACGCAAGGCCUUCGAGGAAGCUGAGAAGAACUCUCCCGCUAUCAUCUUCAUCGACGAAAUCGACUCGAUCGCACCCAAGCGUGAAAAGACCAACGGUGAAGUCGAGCGACGUGUCGUUUCCCAACUCCUUACUCUCAUGGACGGUCUCAAGGCCCGCUCGAACGUGGUUGUGAUGGCUGCCACCAACCGACCCAACUCUAUCGACCCCGCCCUUCGACGAUUCGGUCGAUUCGAUCGUGAAGUCGAUAUCGGUAUUCCUGACCCCACCGGCCGUCUCGAGAUUCUCCGCAUCCACACCAAGAACAUGAAGUUGGCUGAUGACGUCGACCUCGAACAGAUCGCCGCCGACACUCACGGUUAUGUUGGUUCCGAUAUUGCUGCUCUUUGCUCUGAAGCCGCCAUGCAGCAAAUCCGAGAGAAGAUGGACCUCAUUGAUCUCGACGAGGAUACCAUCGAUGCUGAGGUUCUCGACUCGCUUGGUGUCACCAUGGACAACUUCCGCUUCGCUCUUGGUACCUCCAACCCCUCUGCUCUUCGCGAGACUGUCGUCGAGGUGCCCACCGUCACUUGGGACGACAUUGGUGGUCUCGACAAGGUCAAGCUGGAGCUGCAAGAGACGGUGCAGUACCCCGUCGACCAUCCCGAGAAGUUCCUCAAGUACGGUAUGUCGCCGUCAAAGGGUGUUCUUUUCUAUGGUCCUCCUGGUACUGGUAAGACGCUCUUGGCCAAGGCCAUCGCCAACGAGUGCAAUGCCAACUUUAUCUCCAUCAAGGGUCCUGAGCUGCUCACGAUGUGGUUCGGUGAGUCUGAAGCCAACGUCCGAGACGUCUUCGACAAGGCUCGCGCUGCCGCACCUUGUGUAAUGUUCUUCGACGAGUUGGACUCUAUCGCCAAAGCUCGUGGUGGAUCCUCUGGUGACGCUGGUGGAGCUGGUGAUCGUGUGCUCAACCAGAUCCUUACCGAGAUGGACGGUAUGAACACCAAGAAGAACGUCUUCAUCAUCGGUGCUACCAACAGGCCCGACCAAAUCGACUCUGCCCUCCUCCGUCCCGGUCGUCUCGAUCAACUCAUCUACAUUCCUCUUCCCGACGAGCCUUCUCGUCUCUCUAUCCUCAAGGCUUGCCUCAAGAAGUCGCCCGUCGCUCCCGAUGUCGACCUCGCCUUCCUCGCCAAGAACACCCAUGGCUUCUCUGGUGCCGAUCUUACUGAGAUUUGCCAGCGUGCUGCCAAGCUUGCUAUUCGCGAGUCUAUCGACGCCGACAUUCGAGCUGCUCGUGAGAGGAAGGCCCGCGAGGACGCUGGUGAUGUCAAGAUGGAGGAAGAGGAAGCAGAGGAGGAGGAGGACCCUGUUCCUCAGAUCACUCGGGCACACUUCGAGGAGGCGAUGCAGUACGCCCGCCGGUCAGUGAGCGACGCAGAGAUCCGUCGUUACGAGAUGUUCGCGCAAAACUUGCAGCAGUCUCGUGGGUUCGGCAACAACUUCAAGUUCCCAGAGUCGGACGGUGUUGCCCCUGGAACUGCCCCUGCGGCUACCUCGAAUGCUGGGUUCACGGAGGAUGCGGAUGACGAUUUGUAUGCAUAGAUGGUGACUUAGUGAUUGAUUACUAGCUUCUUCUUACGACCUUUAAUUUUUUCUACUCGAUUGUACUGCAUCUCGAUUUUCGCAUAGUGUAAAGCAUAACCAACAACAACGACACGAUUCAAUCUCAC